UGAUAUUAAAAAGGUAUCAGCAAUCUUAUCCGGUGAAUCUAGAAGAAAACCUUCGUUCUCUGAUAAACCCACUCCAUUAGAUUUUGAAACUUUUAUCCCUUGGGUUUGUAUGGAAUGGCAAGUUCCAGAAAUGGUGAUAGUUGUACGGAUAAAUCAAGAAAAAAUCACCCGAUCUGAAAGAAGGAUCAGUUCAGCUAAGUCGAAGUCAGCCAAGAGCAUGCGACCAAAGGAAGAUGAAGAGUCAACGAGUAAUAAAAAAGGAUAUACAUCUGCUACCAAUACGGUUGUAACCAGAAGCAGCAUGGUUGAUAACGUCAUUCCAAUUACAGCAUAUUACGAUUCUCAUGGUCAUCUCGCAGAAAUAGCAAUAAUGACAUGUCCAUCUGCUCUACAUAGGAAAGUUAUUCAAGCUAUCAGCCUUUGCGUUCCUUUUCACUCCUUUUUGACGAAGUUAGUAAUUCGUAAAGGCUGUCUUGAUUAUCUUUUGUUGCAUGAAAUUAGCAAAUUGCUUCCCCAUUCCAAUAUAACAGACGUAUGUCUAGACGACACUUAUAUUCCAGAGGGAAAUUAUUAUGUGCUCUUGGACCAGGCUUCAAAUAUUAAGUAUUUGUCUCUUAAUAGAUGUAGAAUUAACGACGAUGUGUGCAAGGAAAUAGCUUUUAGAAUUGAUUUUGGGCAACCAGCAGGAAAAUCUUUGCUUGCAUUAGAUCUAAGCUCUAAUAAAAUAACAGAUACAGGAGCGAAAUAUUUUGGUGAUACCCUAAAAAAGAAUCGCCAUCUUCUUCAUUUAAAUUUACUGGGAAACAGAAUCAGUGAUGUUGGUUUUGGAUACCUCCUAAGACAUUUGCAGGAGUUCCCAUUGACUUGCGAUGAGAUAAGUGAUAAAAAACGAAGAAAAAUGGAGUAUACCAUUAAGAAAAAAGAAGUAUACGAACGUUGCUUGGAUGAAUUAGCUCGCAUGCAAAAAGCUGAUGAAUUGUGCAGUAUGCUUUCCGAUAAACGGUCUUCUUUGACCAAUAAGCACACUAAAUUCAAAAAGGCUAAGAAAUCAACGCCUCAAGUUACUGAGCAGCUAUCUCAAACAAAUAUAGCUGAAAAAAUGACUCAUGAAAUUGUUGGUGAUCUUGACGAUCCUUAUGAAGAUGACAAUCUCAUAAAAAAGGACAAUUACUAUUAUUCCACUGGAAAUCUCAAACUUUGCUCUUUAAAUGUCGCAUACAAUAAUAUAGAAUUUCCGUCUUUACUAAGAGUUCUUGAAGUUUUAAAAUACCAAUGUCUGCUAGAAAAACGACCACCUAAUACAGGGCUCAUGAGAAUUGUUCUGGAGGGAAAUUAUUUGCCAAAUGCAUGUCCAGAGCUUGCGCACAUAGACAUGUUUUUGAAAAAGGCCGGCGUUUCCCAUAAUUCUGUACCAGUUCAGCAUUCAGGUUCUGGAAAGAGACGCCCUAGCGGACUUAUAAGCAGACAUAGAAUUUAACAUUUUACAAUAAAUAAAAUAGAAAAAGCGGGAUUGCAUUAAGUAAUGUAACAUUUUUGUUGCUCUGACUGAGUUAAAUACUGCCUCGAGGUUUGUGUGUGAAGUCUACGAGUUAAGCACGCAACUCAAGCAUACUUUAUUUUUGUUUUUAAGAAGAAUUUAUAUUAUAAGUUACAU